GUAAAUUAGAAUUAGCAAGCCUAGGACAAGGUAGGACAGUAUUAAAGAAUGUAGAGAAAUGUGGUCCUACUGUGAGGACAAGUAUCCAAGUUCUGUAUAUCUUUUGUGUAUACCCAAUCCUUCUCUUCCUGUGUCUUUCUGAUAUUUCUGAGUUUCUCCCUGUCUUCAUCUCCCUUCAUUUUUGUGUAUAUGUUAAUGUUUUUCUUUCUCUUGUAUCUCCCGGUCUCUAACAGAGUUUACAUUAGGGAAAGUGGUACAGUCCCCAGCCCUCUAGCUUCUGUGUUCCAGAAUCUAUAGUUCAGACUGGUGCUCACAGAGCCCAGAGUUCCAGAAUGUCCCUACUUUUUGAUCAUCACAGGAUGAGUCUGAGGCAAGGAAUCAGAUAGAACGGCUUUUGGGUGUCAUGCAGGCCUGGAGCACUGUUGUAGUGACCCUGGCCACCCUGAUGGUCGCCACUGUGGAUGCCAAGAUUUAUGAACGUUGUGAGCUGGCAAGAAAGCUGGAGAAGGCUGGCCUCAAUGGCUUCAGAGGCUACACUGUGGGAGACUGGCUGUGCGUGGCACACUAUGAAAGUGGCUUUGAUACCUCCUUUGUGGACCGCAAUCCAGAUGGCAGCAGUGAAUAUGGCAUUUUCCAGCUGAACUCUGCCUGGUGGUGUAACAAUGGUGUCACAUCCACCCAGAACCUCUGUCACAUGAAUUGUAAUGACCUGCUCAACAACCAUAUCAUUGAUGACAUCGCAUGUGCCAAGCAUGUUGUAUCCUUACAUAAGAGUAUGAAUGCCUGGGAUUCUUGGAGCCGGCACUGUGCUGGUCAUGAUUUAUCUGAAUGGCUCAAGGGGUGUGAUGUGCAUCUGAAAACUGACUCAAGCAAUACUGAGUGGUGACUCAGAUUUCAUAAGUAUAGAGAUUCCAUUUUUUCUUUUGUGGGUUUAAUAAAAAAUGGCAUCUAUAACUAAUGCAAGAUCUA